AUGAGCCUCCCUACACCCCCCGGCACGUCCCACCGGGAAGAGAAGGAGAAUCGGGCUCCCCGCUUUUCACGCGUCUCCUGGUGUGAGACCGCCGAGUACCACCCUAUAACAUCCAGUCCACCCCGCACACUAUCUGCCCGAUCUACCGUGUCGAGGGCGGGUCCAUCCAGGUCGAUCCUGAAGAAGCCAGUCUAUCCCACUACGCUCCGAGCGGACGAAAACGCGAAGGAAGGAACCCCCGAGCCAUCAGAUCCUCUCACCGACCUACACUAUUUGGACGGCCCAGUAUCGCGAAUCCUUGCCCCGGACGCGUCGUUACGCGACUUGAUUGAGGCCUACUUCGUUUUAACAGCGCGUCUAAGAGCAUGCGUCACGGAAAACACGGAUGCAGACGCGUCUUGGCCACUUUUCCAACCCCUCAGGAAGCAACGCGACCUAUUCGUGGAAGCAAUGGUACGGGACAUCCGUCACGUAUUCGUCGACCCCGUGGAAGAAGCCGCAUCUUCGACAGACUCGAUCGAAUCGCCACGGGGCGAACCCAGCACGCUACCCUCUCCCAGAGACAGCCCGAAGAAGAAGCACGGCAUGUCUGAGGAGCAAGUCAAGCGUGCCCGCGACCUGUGUGGGGUUUGCCAAGCAGUGCUAAAGUUGCUCAUUCUGGUCUCCACCGUACCAGCGCUCUACCAAUUGUUCACCGAUGACGAACUCGGAUAUAUUCUAACUCAAGUCCUCGCAAUUCCUCUGGCAAACGAGCUUCCUACUCCAAACGCUCGCAAAACCUGUUCUUUAGCCAUCUGGCUCAUCCAGGCGCAACGACUUCCCGCAGAAGUCCUUGAACCAGCUAAGGACCGGAUCGCAUACGCUCUCCGUCGUGGCAUUGAAGGUGAACUUGGGAAGGAGGGCAAGAAGGGUUCGAUUGGUGACGGUCUUAAGGCCGUCCACGACCUCUCGCUGUACCAACCGGCCAUCUUCGUCCCCACAUUCGCACCCUUGCUGCCGGCGAUAUUAUCGAACCUCCUUGCACCAACGUUACCUAUCCGCACUCAAGCAUGCCAUGCUUUGGGUGGCUUUGCGCUCGCUGUCGCCUCCCUUCCCCCAAGCGAGGUACAUACCCGCAUCUCUACCGCCGUGGCCGCGCGGCUAGUCAAGCAAGUCGACGUUAGUGGACCCAUGUCUCCAGCCAAACGGGGGGCACUCGCAAGUCCGUCGAAGGAUUCGCUGCUGGUUCGCACCCUCCGCACCACACUGCAAGGGCUGGAACCGAAACACGCCGCUCAAGGUCCAGUGUGGGCUUUCACCGUCCUUGCACACCUCAUUGUCUUGCUCGGACCGACUGUCUAUCUUCAUGGGGAACUGACACGCGUCGUCAUGGCGUUGUUCUCGCUUGGGAUGCGUCAUCCGAAAAGUUCGGUGCGGGGGCUGGGAUGCCUCGCGUGGCGGGCUAUGACUUGGGCGUAUUUCAGGCCCCCUCACGUGAAGUUGACCAUCACGACGGACACCGACGACGAGGCCGAGGACUCCGCGACCGAGGACGACUUGAUGGAAGAGCGCCGAAAGCACGACGACGCGUUACGUGCCAGCUUCAAGUACUUCGCCGGGGUAGUGGAUAUGGGCGCCGGUGUCGGCUCUGUCGGAGCCCUGCUUGGGCAGGAGAUCACCGAGGAGAUUCAUGUGCGAGGGGCUUUGCGGAUUCUACGCGCCAUGAGCAAGAAGGGCGGCCACACAUGCAAGGACGCGAUGGACAUCGCGCGGCACCUGCUCGGGGUCGUCGCGUCGCGUCAGCAGCACCUGGAGCCGGAGUGGGAUCACCACAAACUGCUCGCACCGGGACUUUUCUCGACCAACCCGGGCCUCCUGACUACGGAGUGGAAGGUUCUGAGCACGGUUGUGAAAGGCUUGCUGGAGCAAUGUCCGCAGAUUUCGGACAUCCGCAUGCUUACCUAUGAGGAGAUCGGGAUGGACGGGAUGUGGGACGAGUUCCUGGCUGUCUGGAAAGAUGGCCUGGCCGUCUUGCGGUUGCAGUGGGGCAGUGAGGAGAUUCCGACCGAGAUCAGGGAAAUCUGGUUCAACCUCCUCAAGAGUCAUGCCGGCCCUCUCCUUGAUGCCGAUGACCACCAAGGUCUGGUGGAACUCGCUGCGCGAACGCGAGAUGUCUUGGUCGAGGUCCUGGAGGAUGACUCCUUCGACUUUACGCUCAGCAAGGAGGACUUCGGCGAGCACGUUCCCACAUCGCCCAUCAAGCCGACCAGCACUCGGACGAAGAACAAGGCCGCUAAGAAACCUCUGCCGGAGUCGCGAUGGAACUACGCCGUCAAGCUCUUCCUCGUCCGAGACCUGUUCACGAUCGCGCACGCGGUCUUCCCUGAUGACGUCUUCGCGAGCCUCGCAGAAUCGAUUGCGAAGUUCCUCAACACCAACGAAGCGCUUCUUGUCGGCGACGUGCAAUGUUCGGACGAAGUGCGCGAACAGUGGGCCUCUAUCUGCGCCGACGCCACUCUUGCAUGCGAUAUCAGCGUUCUCCAGGCGUUCUGGGCCAACACCCUCGGGAAGCCCAGCAACGGUCACCGGAACUCGGAGUGGUGUGUCGACGUCCGCGCCGCUGUGUGGCAAGUCUUCGUGGACCGGUGGGAGGACAGCAAGAGCUGGGAGGCGGCGAUCGUCCUUCUCAGUGUCCCCUUCAUCGAGACGAGCGGCUGGGAGCUCGCAAGCGAGGACCUCAUCGCUUGGGAGGCGUUCCUCAAGCGUUCCAUCGACGCUGCCCUCGACUGCGGCGUCGACGCUCCGGCGCUCAUCGACCACAUCGCAGGCGCCAUCGCCGCCGGCCAGGCCCCCGGGGAGGCGUCCUCCGUGCGUGUCGCCGACCUGUUGCUGUCCAACUUCGAGGUCGCCGAGGCUCGUGAGGUCCCGAGCGAGCUGCUUGACUUCACCAGCGACACCCUCCAUGCGGCGUACCCGCCUGCCCCGCGGCACAAGGUCAUGUGCAUGUGGCUCAUUCGCUCUCUCACGCGCGUUAUCGACGCUUGCCCACACGAGCUGUGCUUCUCGGCCCUCCAGCUGCUCUUGGAAGGCCUGUGCACUUGGAUCGCGGACGACUUCGAUGUCUGCACGGCGGACGAGUACUCGUCAGAUAUCCUGCCAUUGUACCAGACAGUGCUCGUGAGCUUCCAAGCGUUGGAGAAGAACGCAUACCACCUGGAAGCUCUCGCGCCCAUCCUGGAGGCACCGUUCCGCGGCCGGCAAGACAAGCAUGCCGGCGUUGUCGAGGCAUUCUCGGACUUCUGGCAGGAGACGUUCGCGUCCAUGCCGGAACCCUCAUCCGGGUGGCCCGAGCAGAUCGUACGGUGCUUGGAGGCGGUCGCACGAGAGCAGGAGGACGAAGCCAGCGUCGAGAACCUCACUGCUCUCGACGAAGAUUGUGCCAGCCCAUGCUAUGAGCCUACCGCACAGCAGGAAGUCGCUACUGGUGAAGAUUCGGAGAAAUCCUUUGAUAGCGACGACGAAGGAUCUGUCGAGUUGCCUUCGCCUGGAACCCUGUCCCGCCUCUCUGCAGCUCCAUUGCUCAGGCCUGCUGUGUUCCCCCGCUUCUCAUCCCCCGAGCCCUCCCUGCCGCUGGCACCUUCCACUCCGAAGUCGAGCCCUCGUACACAGCGGCCCCACGCCUCCUUGCGGUCCGUCAGGUCUAUCGAAGAUGCGAUGUUCGUCAAUGCUUCUCCCGCCUCCUCUCCAAUCCGCGCCCCGACCACUCCCAAGCGUUCGCCAGCGAAAGCAGACGGUACGGGUUCGGCUCGCUCACAGGCCAGCCGGAACAAAGAGAACAUGUCUCCCUCCCUGCGUAUCGCGACGGUCACAGAACGUCUUGCCAUGCGUUCGCCUUUGCUGCUGGAGUCGAUUCUAGGAAAGCGGCCUCGCGGGGACGAGUUCGAAGACGCGGAUCUCGCGGAGAAGGUGUACAAGAAGGGCAGACUCGAUGCUUCGCUACUUGCGCCUCCACCAGCGUUUUCGAACGCUUCGACGUCAGAACGGCCUGCGCCAUCUGCUUCUACCGACGACAAGCCCGUCUUCGAGGAGGACGAGUCUUCGUCCUCAGCAUCCGACUCCGAGGAGAUCAUCCAACCUGUAGCUUCGGGCUCGCGCAAGCGCAAGGGCUCGUUCCUGGAUGCGGUCGUCGUCCCUUCGGUGGCCGAAGUGCUGCGGGCGAAGCGUCGCUUCAGCGCCGAUUUACGUGGUACAUCUCUGUCACUUGACAGCGGCACCCCCGCGAGCGAGCCGAAGUCUCCCGCGUUGCGCCGCACGCGUUCGGCGACGAAGCUUCUGGGCAAGGAGGCCGAGUUCCAGAGGCUCCCGUACACCCCCAAGAAACGGCGUAUGGGACGCGCACAUCAGCUGCGUGAGGAGGCGGCGUCGGAGCCGAUGUCCUCUCCGUCCCGGUCUCUGCAGGACGCCCAGCUCUUUGGCAGUGACGACUCUAUCAUGCUUGCCUCACCUAGCAAGCUAUGCGAGCUCCCGCCCUCCGAUGAUGAGCCCCAUCUGGCCAUAGGACAAGUGACACCCCACCGCCUUGUCUCACCGGCCAUCCGCCGCGUUCAGCACGUCGACUUCAACUCGGACCCGCCGAGCGACGACUCGAACAUGUCGAACAGCCCGUCCAGCCAGCGCGUCGUGCGCAAGAUGGCGCGGCUGGGCAGCGAGUCGGAGCAGCCGUCGCGGCUGACCCCACUGAACCUCCGCGCGCGCUCAGCGUCCGAGUUCUCUUCUUUCUCCGCGCAUGGGAGCGAUCUAUGAUGCUCCACGCGCGCAGCGAUUGCAUCUCCCUUCGCCUUCGGUUCGGGAGUAGUAUGUUUUUGUCCCCCGUUUCUUGUCGCGGUCUCCCGGUGUUUUUGUUCUGCAUACAUAGGCCUGACUGUAAGACCCGUCCACUCUACUCUACUCGCACUGCAUCUACCCACUCACUCAUGUC